AGUAAGUGGCUAUCUGAAAUUAUUUUUUCAUCCGGGUUUAUGUUUACAUAUUGUGACUAGGAAAGUAUUUAAAAGUGCACGUAAAGAGUUUUGUUUAUCACAGAAUCAAGUCAACGUCGCCUCUGCACCUCCAUCCCGGGACUUCCAUCAACAUUCUAAGAAAAUGCUGUUUCAAUUUCUCUGCAUGGUUGGCCUAUAUUGUUAUGGCUGCACUGCAACACCAACCACCACAUCGUCCCCACUGACCUCACUAACAUGGAACUAUAAAAGAGAUGUAAACCUAACGUAUGGCAUGUUCAGCAAUUACAGAAAUCUGAGACAGCUCAAACUCUCCUACAAUACAAAGAUAUUGUAUGUUCAAUCUGGCGCCUUUUCUGGGUUACCAUUACUGGAAAGUUUAGAACUUUCAUACAACACAUUCUUGAAAAUUGAGUCAGGUGCAUUCUCUGGCAUGCCUUCAUUGAAAAGAUUCAUUUUGAGGUACAAUGAUUUUGAAAUUUUCCCAACUGAUAUGUUCAAGAACCUGACAAGU